AUGUUAUCUAAGUCCGAUGAAGAUUAUAUGAGAUACGUGAUAGAUAUGUUAUCGCAUUCAUAUUGGUUAAUUUAUAGACGCCGAAAUAAAGUAAUUGUAUUGCUUACAGUUGUGUUUUGCAUUGGACUUCUUAUUUUUCAUAAUAAAAAUAAUAAACGAGAACAUUCUCCUAUAAGAAUAAUUGAAGAAAAUGAGUCUAGUACUAGUCAAGUAUCCAAUGAUAAACCUAAAAAACAACGAAUUACUGCCGAAAAUUAUCAACCACCGCCACCAUGCGACGGGUGUCCAGGAGAAAUGGGACGUGGUGUCAGAAUGACUCCAGAAGAAUCGAAUGAUUUAGAAGUAGUAAUGAAACAAGAAUUUUUUAAUCUAAAAGCAAGUGAUAAAGUAUCUUUAUGGAGAACAUUACCUGACACAAGAGAUGGACAGUGUAAAUCAAUCAGUUACACGUCUGAUUUACCCACUGCAAGCGUUAUUAUUGUGUUUAAAAAUGAAAGAUGGUCGCCAGUAUUACGCACAGUUUACAGUGUUAUUAAUCGUUCACCAAGACAUUUAUUAAAGGAAGUUAUUCUAGUUGAUGAUCAAUCAGACAUUGAGGAAAUGGGCAAACGAUUAGAUGAUUAUUGUGAAGAGAAUUUUGGUGAUUUAGUCAAAAUAUUACGUGCACCAACAAGACUUGGUCUAAUAAAAGCCAAAAAUUUUGGUGGAAGAACAGCAAUUGGCGAUGUUAUUGUCUUCUUAGAUGCACAUUGUGAAGCGAAUCAAGGAUGGCUUGAACCAAUUCUCGAUCGUAUUAAAACUAAACGCACAGCUCUAUUGUGCCCGUUAAUUGAUAUGAUUAGUAAUUAUGAUCUAGCUUACAUGGGAGAUGCGAAUGUGGGUGGGUUUUGGUGGUCUCUUCAUUUUAAUUGGAUUUCAAUACCAAAACGAACAAGAGAUGCACAAAAAUCACGUGUAGACCCAUACCCAUCGCCUACAAUGGCUGGAGGAUUACUUGCAGCAGAUCGAAAAUAUUUUUUUGAAAUCGGAGGCUAUGACGACGAUAUGGAAGUUUGGGGUGGUGAAAAUUUGGAAAUAUCAUUUCGAGUUUGGAUGUGCGGUGGAAGUCUUGAAUUCGUUCCGUGUUCUCGGGUUGGUCAUAUUUUUCGACCUGGUCAUCCAUACAAUAUGACAGGAGUGAAAGGAAAAGGUGACGUUCAUGGAAGAAACUCGAUGCGUUUAGCUGAAGUAUGGAUGGACGAUUACAAAAGAUUUUAUUAUAUGCACCGUCAUGACCUUAUAGGAAAAGACUUUGGCGAUAUUUCUGAUCGACUAGCGAUACGUAAACGUCUCAAUUGUCAUAAUUUUAAAUGGUAUUUAGACAAUGUAUAUCCAGAAAAAUUUAUUCUUGAUGAAAAUGUUCUGGGUUUUGGAGAGGUUCAUAAUCCAGCAAGGUCAUUAUGUUUAGACACAUUAGGAAAAGAUGAGAAAGGAUCACUUACAUUGUCAGUAUUCUCAUGCCAAAAUGGAGUAUCAGCCAAUCAAUAUUUUUCAUUAACUAAAAACGCUCAAUUAAGACGUGAAGAUACGUGUGCUGUUAUUGGUGGAAGAAGUGGAGACGCGAGGAGCGUACAAUUGGUUCAUUGUGAAUAUAGCGAUAAAGGUCAAACAUGGACACAUGAGAAGAACGGAACUAUUGUUAAUCAUCCAAGUGGUUUAUGUUUGGAUGUUGAAAACCUAGCAAAUUCUCAACCGAUACUAUUAAAAACAUGCAACUCAUCCAAAGCUACACAACAAUGGAUAUUUGGAACAUAUUCUUUUUAA